CACACCACCGGAGAGACACAUGAAGCCUUCAUAAUAUUAACGGGACUAACAUAUGGACAUAUCUCAAAGAGAAGUGGAUAAACAAAAUGUUUAGGACCAGCGCAAAAGUUUGACGGAAUUUCGGAGUGGAGAUGGAGAAGCGCAACGUGUAGUGGUAUGUUAGAAACUAUUGCAACCUUUCGAAAACGCUGCAUGAUUGUAGUUUAUAAUUAGUCCCCAGUCAGUCAAGAAAUCAAAAACACUGAAUUCCAUUUGGCUUGCACAUUUUGGAUAACAACCAACAAAGAAUCGAAAGGUGAAGGGCAGAUCUGAACCCAGUGUAGUGAUCGGAGCUUUCUUUUAAAAACCAUCACUGGGUGCUGAAGAUCUCAAAGGACUGCUACAGACAUAAGCAUCUCAUAGCACCGAACCAUUAAGCCGAAAAAGCUAUCACUUGGUGUUUUUAUUUUGAAAAGAAAUGCACAAAGUCAGAGGAAAAGAUUUGUUGCUCGGGGUAGUCUUUUUGACACUUUUUCUGGUGCUGGUCAAGGGGUUUCCCACAAAAAAACAGAAGAACAGUACCCCAAAGGUCAGAAGUGGCACAUUUCUGGAGAAGGCGAAACCUCAGGUGGCUUCCAGUGAUGCUGUUCAGGGGCUGGAGGUCCUGCAGGAGCACAACCAGGUGAAGAGCAUCCCAUCUGCCUCCCGGCGGCACAAGAGACGGCGGUCCCAGCGCCUCUCAGAGGGGGUCCUGCCCAAACCAGAACCAGAGGAGGAGGCUGAGCCCUUCGUCCUGGACCUGAAGAACUUCCCUGACCUCGCCAAUGCAGAUCUCAGCUCCCAGAACCCAAACAUUCAGGUUACCAUUGAGGUUGUGGAAAACCCUCAGGCAGAGAUAGAGAUGGACCUGGCCAAGGAGGGCCGAAAUGACUGGUCCCUGUCUUCCGUGGACUGGCUGGGUAACAAGAAGCUGUUCUGGCCCCUGUUCUGGGAGUACCCCGACUCGAGCGAGGACGGAACGGGUCGGAUGAGCCUGGAGGAAGCGGAGGACUACGCCCUGGAGUACGACAGCGAGGAGUCCGUCCUGAGCGGCGUGGGCGGAGACUGGGACAACCAGUGGAACAAGGGAUGGGACUCCAAAGAGAACUACGAGUAUGAGGAGGAGGAGGAGUGGAGCGCCUGGUCGUCCUGCAGUGUCUCUUGUGGCCACGGCAACCAAAAGAGGAUCCGGUCGUGCGGCUACGCUUGUACAGCGACAGAGUCCAGGACGUGCGAUCACGAGCGAUGCCCAGAUGACCUGAAUGCUGUGACGGACCUCAUGCCCUACGAGCCAGAAAAUGCCACGGAGCCUUUUGAUGCAGACGUCGACAGCUGUGAGAAAUGGCUCAGCUGCAAGAAUGACUUCCUGGAGAAGUAUCUCCACCAGGUCCUGACCGAGCUCCCCAGCUGCCCUUGCAGCUACCCAUCAGAGGUGGUCUACAGCGCCGUGAACAUCUACGACGAGAAGCUGAAGAAGACCUACCGGUGGCGCGACGCCAGCGGGCCCAAGGAGCGGCUGGACAUCUACAAGCCCUCGGCCAAGUUCUGUGUCCGCUCCAUGCUCUCCUUUGACAGCACCACCCUGGCGGCCCAGCACUGCUGCUACAACGACCACAUGAAGCUCAUCACCAGGGGCAAGGGCGCCGGAGCGCCCAACCUCAUCAGCACCGAGUUCUCCCCGGAGCUCCACUACAAGGUGGACGUCCUGCCCUGGAUUCUGUGCAAGGGGGACUGGAGCCGCUUCCACGCCGUCCGACCCCCCAACAACGGCAUGCAGUGCGCGGAGGACCCCUCAGAGGAGGUAUACCUGAAGGAACUGGAGGAGGCCAAGGAGUACUGAGAGUACCCCGGAAAGGGGAAACUAAAAUCCCCCUCCUUUCCUGUAUUCUGUCAGCCACAGUGCUGGACAGAAGAGACAGAAACUAUGAAAGGUAUCUCAGCUCCCGGCAUGGCGAUUUCAACCAUUUUAACUCACUGUGGAAUGCUCAAACGUGUCUGUACACAUGAGCGUUGCAACUUACUGAUGCCUUGCAUUGGUGACUGAGAGGUGUGGUGGUGGCACGGGCAUUUUUUCUCCUUGUAAGGAGUGACCUCCCACAAGCCAACCUCCACUCUGUAUUUUUCGAGGAAGCUGAACGUGCUGCAGGUAACUGCAGCCAUUUUGUAGAUACUUGGUUGGUAAUUUAUUGCUCAAACAUUCUUGGGAUUUGGACAGUGGUUGGGAUGACUUUUAACACUGAUGUACAACAAAACAGAAAUAACACUGGCUUAAAAACUUUGGGAAAUGCCUAAAGCAAAGGACGUUGAUGCAAGAGGCGCUGCUCCCUUCCAAAUGCUCACUUCACAGAAUCGUAUGUGCUGCUACAAAGGAAAUGAGACUUGGGGUGGUCGUGGGUGGCGUGUCCCCAUCCUCUGGAAUGUGGGCACUGUAUUUAUUUGAUCGUAUGGGCCAUUUUGUUUUUCAAAGACUCAAGAUGUUUCACAAAAGGAAUUCCGGUCACGCUGCUAGAAAUGCAAUGAAUUUCAAACCGAAUUUUAGUUUUGUCCUCCCAUGUAUAAUGCUUCUUGGAGUGGAUAAGAGCAAGCCAGAUAGAUCAAACACAGGACAGACCCACACUGCUUUUCUUAGGUGGCUAGAGAAAAUCUAAUGACCCAGGACAAAGGGUGUACCCAGAAUUAUUGCUGUUCGAGGUGAAACGGCACUGGGACAUAAUCAUAACAUCCGAAAAGGUAGUGAAUUAGGUAUCUUGAAGUAGUCCGAUGGAUUGUCCAGGCCUGGUGGCACAAAGCAAAAGCUAUGUUUCCAGUGGGAUUGCCCUAUGUUAUCUAAGCUAUAAUUGUAUCCCCUAAGGAUUUUUUCUCAAGGUCUGUCUUUGUGCUACAUGCCGUCCUCAACAUGCUUCACACUUGCGAGGGGGUGGGGGAGCUGCUCUUUUCUCCUGAGGUGGGAGGUGACACUGGAAGUAAAAAAAGGAUGGCUUUGUAAACAUGGGAGCUCUUUGAACGUUAGUGCUCAUCUCCGAAUCACAAUCAAAGGCUUGCGAUUGUAUAGAAUGUUGUUUUAAGACCCAAAUCCUCCCCUUUCACAGAUUGUGUUUUUUGGUGAGCUGUGUUAUUGAGAGAUGUUGACGCAGAACACCAUGAUUUGAGGUUGAAAGGACCGUGUUGACAGAGGCCUGUCCCUUCCAAGAAUAACAGAUAAGCUUUGGUGUCAUUUCACAAGUUAGGGGCUUUCUCCCUGCUGGUGUGGUUUUCUGUGAUAUGGAUCAGGCAGUAUCUAAAGACACACAGAUAAUAUACACUAUCUGCCAAAUGCGCUGCUUCCGAGAUCCUGUUUGGAUUAGCAAUGGUCAGCAAGGGAUGCGGAGAUCAUGGAAGCUCCAAUCACUAAUAGCUGUUCAUUCAAACUGUGCAACCAUAGAUGGUGAAAAAUUGAGAUCAAAAUCCAAUGUACUCAUACAACAUUUAUUUGUUAGUCUGUUGGGAACAGUUAUACCAUAUGCUUUCUGCAUAUGCAUUGUUAACAUGAUUAAACUUUUUAUGAAACACAGUUACCUCUAUCACACAGCUUUGAUUGGUGUUAUUUAGUCAUAUGCUAAUUUGUUCAGUAUAUUCAGGGACUGUAUUAUACUAUGUCAAUAUGAGGCUAAGCUAUAGGCUAAUCCAUAUACCUCUCUGUUGUGCAGUCUUCUCUUAAGAUCAACCGUUUUCAAAUGUUCUGUUUUAUUCAA